GUUAGCUAAGUAACGUUAGUCUUAACAGGUCUUGUUUUAUUGCCUGUCUGCCAUUUUUGGUGUAAGUUAUUUCUUAUUUCGAUUCGUGAACCGUUUGCUACCCUAGCUAUAUAGUUCAACACAAGCUUUGUAGUAAAUAAUAUUGAUUACUAACACUGAUAAACUAAAUAGUUAGCUAGUUACGCUGGGUUAGGCUAGCUAACGCCAGCCAACGGACUCCCCAAAGUAAAAAAAAAGAGCUAAAAUAGUCAAUAGUCAAUUUUAAUUAGCUUAAGUUUUGCCUAAAUUGCAGUUGUUUAAGAGUAAUGCACUCAAAUAAUCUAACGUUUUCCUGGGAGCAGCUCCCUGCAUAUUUGAGCUGUGCCGUUACAUGUUUGGUCUGUAUCGCUCUGAAACAAGAGAACCGCCCUACACCAUUUCACCAUCUAUCUACACCUUCUUCCUGUUUGUUCUGUGAAGGAAACAAAAAUUGCAGACUUAAUUUAGCGCAUUCUCUUAACAUUGGUCUAGGAAAACAGUGUCGGUGUAUGGAGCAGUUGUCUGCUAUUAACUCUGCGUUAUCCUGCUAAGCAGCAAUCUCCACGUCCAAUCUCUUAUUUUCAUUCCGACAAACUCUCAGGCUAAACUACCUUCCCCCUCCCUCCAUCGAUCCCUCCCUCUCUCCCUCUACUGCGCUCUCUCUCUACCACUCUCAAUUGCAUUGGUCAGUAAAGUUCAGCUCCACACUAGAACUGGGAUCAGCUUUCUUUGGGACGUACUCUCUCUCACCAGCGCUUAAUUCAGUCAGCCACACCUGCUCGAUUCACACACCAGGACCUCUUUCAGCAUAGAGAAGAUGCGCAGUAUUACAGUAGUGUGAAAGGAGCAUGAUUUAAAAAGCAUUUACUUUUCUGCCGUCUGCCUAAAUGGGAACUGGAAUGAGAAGAAAGCUGCUUGGGGUAUUCAGCUUGUUGCUGCUUUUCAUCGGGCCAUGUACAACCACACAUCCCUACUGUCCAGCAAAGGCAGCUCCACCAGACAUAAAUGGGCCUGCAAAUGGGACUGUCCAGCAGAUGUCACUUGAUGGGUCUUUUUUGUCACAAAUCACCCACUCUUUCCUGCGCACUGUCCAGCCUAAUCCGUUCCCUAAAGAUUUGCUUAGUACAAUAUCCAACUCAAGAGCCACAACUGAGACGAUUCAACAGGUUCUGCGGUAUGAGAUAGGCUUCCUGGUGUGUGUUGCCAUUGGAAUCCUCUAUAUCCUCCUUAUGCCUUUAAUUGGCUUUUGUUUUGCCUGCUGCCGUUGCUGCGGCAAUUGUGGGGGUCGGAUGUACCAAAAGCAGACCAGGAAAAUCCACUGCAAGCGAAGAUUCUUUUAUUGGGCUACUUGGCUUGUCACUCUAAUUAUACUUGCAGGGAAUGUCUGCAUGUUCUUAAGCAAUAAAUACACAGGAGAUGGUGUGAGGAACGGUGUAGUUGAAGUUGAUAACACGCUCCAAAAUCUACAAAAAUACGUCACCACUAUUCCCAAGCAAAUUGAUCAAGUGGUGAAUGAGAGCUUCGUUACUGUGGAUGAAAUCACAUGUCAUGUAAAUGGAAGUGGCUUUUUUAUUGGCGAACAAAUCCAAAAUGGUCUAAAAGCCCCUGUCAUGUCAGCCUUGGACUCUGUUACAAAGAUGGCACAAGUGCUUAACAGUACCAGUUUGUUACUGCUGGACUUGAAUAGCACUCAGCUCCAGGCAGAGCUGAAUGCGCUGCAGGCUAAUCUGACCUCAGUCAAGAAUCGUAUAAACGACACACUGCGGAACCCAAACUGCUUAAACUGUAACUUGUUUCAGUCGCAACUGGACAGCCUGUCCCUGGACACAAGCCUUAAUCUGUCCUUCAAGACUGAUCUCCAGUCUGCAGUGAACCAGGCUGAGAGGGCUAAUCUGAAUGCACAGAUACAGAAUGGGAAAGACUUCUUUGACAGCAUUCCCCAAGUGGUGACAAAUGAAACCAGAGACAACUUGCAGGGGGUCCAGAGUCAGCUGCAAGACAUAAAGAGUCAAGUCUCACAGGUGACUACUGACCUUCCACUUGACCAAUUGACCAGUAUUUCUGACUCGCUGAAAGAUGGACAGAGAUACACAAAAGAGUACACUUCGACAGUCCAGAAUGCAGAGUACAUCAGGUGGAGUGUUGCGUUGGUCCUGUGCUGUUUGAUUCUGUUGGUGGUAGUCUGUAAUCUGCUUGGCCUUUUGCUUGGACCUGCUGGAUUGCGGCCCAAGAGUGACCCCACUAACCGCUCCAGCACUGCUAACUGCGGGGGACUCUUCCUCAUGGCGGGUGUGGGCUUCAGUUUCUUAUUCUCCUGGAUCUUCAUGAUAAUAGUGCUGAUACUCUUUGUCGUAUUUGGAAAUACCUACACCCUCCUCUGUGUGCCAUGGCAGAGCAGGGAACUUUUUCAGCUUAUUGAAACUCCGGAUUUGAUUCCGGGAUUCAACCUCCAGUUGUCUCAAAGUCUAGGACUAAAAGCUAACCUGACAGUCACUGAGAUAUACAAUGACUGCCAAAUGGACAAGUCCCUGUGGAACACGCUACAUCUGGCAGAGACUUUUGACCUCAAUGACCUUCUCAAUGUGUCCAAAUAUAAAGUUCAGGUCAUGGAAGCGUUUGAGAGUGCUCAGAUCAGUAUACCCAACAUCACUCUGCUGAACUCGGGAACAGAGAGCCAGCUGCGCAACUUCUCUGCCACAGCCAGCAGUGUGAACUUUACCAGCAUCAUUGAGAGGUUAAAUACCUUUUCGAAAAUUAAUUUGGGUUCAACUGCAGAUGGCUUGGAUAAAUUGGCUGACAACCAAACCAACAUCACUGUUAAAGAUGAACUCAGAAAAGAGGCAAAUGACUUGAGAUCCAUCCAGACUUACCAGAUUAAUCUCACCAUCAAUCCUCUGUUGUGGCAACUGAAGUCUAAAAUUGAGAGGAUCAGAGAAAACUUAUCACAGAUCAAUAGUACGGUGGGGGAUGUUCUGCAGAACGUCAGCUACGCUCAGAAUUUUUUGAACAACAAUGCAACACAAGUACUGAAAUCGAAAACAAGUGAAUUUAUAGACGAUCAGUUGGGAAUCCUUACAGCAUUCACUACAUGGGCAAACCUUACAAUCACUGAGCAGGUGGGUCGCUGCAGGCCUGUGGCAGCGGCUGUGAACACAGCAGAGAAUUUAAUCUGUGCACAGUUAGUAGACUCACUGAAUGCCUUUUGGUUCAGUUUGGGCUGGUGCAUGGUCUUCCUCAUUCCCAGCAUUAUCUUCUCAGUCAAACUUGCCAAGUUCUACCGCCGUAUGAAGUUCACAGAUGUGUACGAGAACCACAUAGUAAUGGACCACAUUCCAAGAGCUAACCUGAAACAGUACUGAAAGGGAGAAGACAAAGUACUGUAGUGUUCACUGUGACUGUGCUAAAAGCCUUAAAGCCUUAAAGAGUUCUCAUUGCUAAAUGGACUGAUGAGUGAGAUGUACACACACUGGAUUCCAGCUUCCACUGCUGAAUGAAAAAGGGAAAUGCAUGCCUCUUGGAUUGAGUGCAUUCCAGACGUGGUUUAAAGAUUUUAUUUUGCGUAGCUUCCCCAGAGAGAUGAGAACAUAAGCGUGGAAGCUGUUAAAGCUGUUAAAACUCAGGGAGGGCCUUUUAAGAUACUGAAGUUUUUCAUUUCAUUUUUUAAAAUGUUUUUAGAUUGUUAUUUAAUGACAGUUUGAAACUGUAUUAAUGCACUUUGUGGUUUUUCAUGCAGUCAGGUCAGUAUGUCAUCAUUUCAGAAAAUGUGCUUUGUUUAAUUAUCCAUGCUACGGACAGUGUAGCUACUUGUGUUUGGUUCUCAUUCAUCCAGUCAAUAAAACUUUUCUUCCACAUCCA